CUGGAGUGUCGGGAGGACCGGGAGCUGCCAUGUGACGUCGCCCGGCUGGCCCCUUCGGAGAUGCAGAUAAAGAAGAUGAAGGAGACGGGGCAGCAGUCCUGCUCGGCUGGGGCGCUUGGCGGGCGGGGGGCCCUGAGCAUGUCGCCCAAGCAGCCCAGCAGCAGCAGGGCCCCCCGGCCCGAGAGGCCCGGCGCCCCCGCCCUGCUCUUCCGGGGCGCGGAGGCGGAGGCCACCCUGUUGGGCAGCGCCACGUGUACCAGGUGCCGCAGCGUCUACGACGUCCCCCUCCAGGACGCCGACCGGGGCCCCGGGCCCAGCCGGGGGGACGACGGGAACGUGUGCUUCAGGUGCAACUUCAGGGUGGCGCCCGCCCCCUCGCACUACGGCAGCAAGAGCCCCAGCCCCGCCCCCGCGGGCCAGGACGGCCCGCCCGCCUCGGGCUCGGCCAGCAGCAAGUUCAAGGUGAGGAACUUCAAGCCGGGCAAGCACUACUGCGACAAGUGCCGCUUCUCCACCAAGGACCCGCUGCAGUACCGGAAGCACACGCUGCAGCACGAGGAGAUCAAGUUCAUCUGCUCCCACUGCAGCUGCGUCUCCUACACCAAGGGCGAGUUCCAGCGGCACCUGGUGAAGCACACGGGCGUGUUCCCCUACCGCUGCGAGUACUGCGACUACGGCGCCGUGCGGAACGACUACAUCGUCAAGCACAGGAAGCGGGUGCACGAGCGGCCCGCCGGGGCCACGCUGCCGAGUAAGGUGUCCGAGCCCCUGUCCAAGUUCCCGCUCUCCGCCCACCAGGACAAGAUGCGUGGCCUCCUGUCGCUGCCCGAGCCCAAGGGCUACCAGAAGGACGUCGUGUGUGUCCCCAACAGGGGCGCGCUGGCGGAGCCCAGUGAGGCUGGGCUGUUCGAGAACAAGAGCGUGGAAGUGGAGGUGCUGUCCCCGGCCCGGGAGCCCGUGCAGCCGGGGGUGCCGCUGACCGUGGUGGCGCCCGCCGAGCUGGUGGUGCCGGCCAACUGCCUGGCCCAGCUGAUGGACGUCAAGGUGGUCAACGGAACCCAGCAGCUCGUCCUGAAGCUCUUCCCUCUGGAGGAGAGUAACGGCCUGGAGCCCGCGGGCGGAGGCGACGCUGAGCAGCAGAAGGCCGGGGACAAGGGCUCCGGCGAGCGGGAGACGGUGGCCAGGGUGGAGCCCACGAAGGCCCUGGCCCUCGAGGGGGGCGCGGGCAGGCUGGCCGGCCUGCAUCGUCUCCAGGCCUCCGUGCAGCGGCGGCUCAAAGACAUGAAGUGGGUGCGGUCCUACGACGUCUUCAUGGCCAACCCCGGCGUGCACGGCCCCGGGGAGUCGCCCUUCCACCCCGAGGCGGCGGAGGAUCCGCACAAGAGGGGUCAUCUCUAUCUCCACAGAACGGAGCUUCCAGCCUUUGCCUUCAAAGGCCCCUUGUCCCCGUCGGUGUUAAAGAACAGCGUCCUGUGUGAUCUGGGCACAGCGUCAAACUCUUUCCCUUACAAACCUGCCGCCGCCUUCGCUGAAGACGGGCGGAGUCUGCACCGCGAGGCCCCGCCGCUGUUCCCCUUCUCUCUGGCCGCGCCCGCCUCUGCGGACAAGGGCUUACUGCCCACCGGCAGGAACGGCGUGGCGCCCAGGAGAGAGCUCGGUGUCCCGGCACGUGUGGCCGCCUCUGCCAGGAAGCUGGGCCGCCAGCCCGAGGAGCCCCGCGCAGCCCCUGGGCCAGGCCGCGUCUCGUCCCCGCCCAGAGGCGAGCAUCCCACCCGAGCGCUGGCCGGGGAGGACGGGGCCCGGGCCCGGCCGCCCGCGGACUCACCUUGGGACUUAAAGAAUCCCGAAAGGACUAGUGACACUUUCGACGGCCCCAUCAUCUCGUCAGUGUUUUCCCUGAGCUCAGGAUCCGAAAACGUCCCCGAGGGCGUGAAGUGGAACAGCUCCACUUCCAAGAUAAAGUCGAUUGAGCUCUUGCGCAAAAAGAUAGCCAAACUGAUCGAGUCCUGUGGCAGGCCUCCGUCUCUGGGCGCGAGCCACGCCCUCGGGCGGCCCGCGGGCCAGGCCUCCAAGACCACCUCGAAAACCACCCCGGAAGGGCACGGGGAAGUCACCAGCUGUUCCUCGGGCACCCUCUUAAAACCUCGGGGUGAUGGGAGGGCUGGCGGGCUGCUGCCACACCCGCAGGUCUGUCCACCGUUUGCAGACGGCCGCCGUGGGGACGCUGAAGACAGGGCCACCAGGAAGGCCCACGUGGCCACCCCAGUGUUGAUCCCCAAAGGGGCGGUGCUGAGGGUCCUGAACUCCUCAGAGGAUGCCCACAUCAUAGAGGCCACGUGCGACACGCCAGUCAGCAUACCCUGCAGCAAGACGCAGCUCGUCAAGCCCACACCCUUCUGCCCAGUGAGACACGCAGGCUCGCGCGCCCUGCCGGCCGCCGGCGGGCUGGCCAACAUGUUCCCUGACCCCGACCUGGCUCUUCGACCCAAGCCAAGGAAAGAGAGUGCUUUCUGCAGUCUCACCCCAAAGAAAACGGGGCCCCUGCAGGGACAGCAGGCGAGCGGAGCACUCGGCAAGCCCGGGAAGCUCCUUCCCCGAAGUCUUCCAGCAAGUAAAAAUAAAAGCAGACAGGUAAACCCACCCAAGAAGAGAAGCAAAAUGCAGCCCGACCCCAGCCGCUGCCUCAAGGACCCUGCGAUCUUGCAGGUGGCCCGACAGCUCCGGCUGGUCGCGGCCAAACCCGGGCAGCUGAUCAAAUGCCCCCGACGCAACCAGCCAGUCAUCGUGCUGAACCACCCUGACGUGGACUCGCCCGAGGUGACCAACGUGAUGAAGGUCAUCAACAAGUACAAGGGCAACGUCCUCAAGGUCGUCCUCUCGGAGAGGACGAGGUGCCAGCUGGGCAUCCGGCGGCAUCAUGUCCGGCUCACCUACCAGAACGUGGAGGAAGCCAACCAAAUCAAAAGGCAAAUGAUGCUGAAGAUGAAGCUGAAGAAAGUCCACAAGAACAACUACCAAGUGGUGCGCCCCCUGCCGGACGACGCAGCCCAGUGCAUCUUCAAGUGCUGGUUCUGCGGGCGGCUCUACGAGGACCAGGAGGAGUGGAUGAGCCACGGCCAGCGGCACCUCAUCGAGGCCACGCGGGACUGGGACGUCCUCUCUUCCAAGGUCAAGUAGGGCUAAGAGACUUCGCAGCGGAUGGGCUUGCUCCUAGCCGUGUCCAGCUUGGGUUUCCUCCCCUCCCUGACUCGGGUGGCGGCAAUGGGGGCGCCCGGUCACGCCGUCCCUCGCGGGCGUGUGGGGCGGGCGCCUCGGCCUGAGGUGCGGGACUCGGCCUGGGAAGCACCCCGAGCCCCAGAGGCAGGACACGUGUCCGUCACCCGUUCCUCUGGGGACAGCAGGUGGCUACCCAGCUUUUCAGAGGGACGUCCCUCGCCAGCUCCCCUGUGUGCGCGCAAACCCGGGGUGACGCGCUGAGCUUCGCGCUCCGCUCGCCUGGCAGAACCCCCGGAGGGCCGCCCGGCCACCCUGCAGGCCGCAGCCACCGCUUUCACCUGACUCCUGAAUGUUGGACCAUGACGACGGCGGUUUCUGUUGUCAGCCGUGUUGAAUCUGUUCGGAGAGCGACCGUCCCGCUGCUCCCUGCCGACGCCGUAACGGUCCAAGUGUCGACUUAGCCCAGAACUGGGCUUUGAGUUGCUGGCUGCUGCAGCAGAGCGAGUCCGCGGAGCUGCCUGAAUAAACUACUCAGCCAGUGGCCGGGAGAGAGAAACUUCAAGCUCGGGGGCCCUUUUCUGGGAUCUCCAUUCCUGGUAACUGGAGUUGGGGAUACGCCUCUUUUGCAAAACGAACAGUCAAGAGAGGGGACAUAGCUCAAGUCCAGCUCCCGGCGGUCCCGCGCUCAUUCAGGAGCCACUUUGGACGCGAACCCACAGUCCCCUACGACAGGAGCAUUGGGGGGUCAGGGGGCAGCCGAGGGCGCGUCCUGACUUUGUGGGGGUCUUAGUUUUCAUCUAGGAGUUGCCACAGAUGUGGGGGAGGGUCACAGCCCUGCGCCCCUUAGCCCUGGCCCGCCUCCCGUGGCCCUUUCCUUCGCGACCUUUGAGCCCUGGAAAUUUUCCCGCCGGAAUAGCAAGAACAGGCGGGAAUGUACGCGCUGCCCGUCCCCACUGCCCACCUCGCCUGUCGGGUCAGGCCCGCCCUGCUUUUCCUCGGUGUCAGAGCCUGCUGCUGGCCGGAACCCCCCCUGGCUGCACCCGCGCCCUGCUGGGGGUGCGCCCGCGCCUUCCCCUCCCGUCCUCCGCCAGGAGACGCCCCGGAGCCGGAGCCUCCCCCUCCUCAGCAGCGGACCAUGGGGUUUCGGGCCUCGCUCGCCCACCCAGCAGGCACCGGCCAGGAGGCGGCCCGCGGGAGGCCCCGCUGGAGGUCUUCGUCCCGGGGUGCCUGGCGGCGCCCCCUCCAGGACUGAGGGCCGGAGCAGGGCCCCGUGUCCGCUGGGCGGUUUGCCGCUCGGCCUCGUUGCAGUGCUGCGCGCUUCUUGGUCCUUCAGUACGCGACUGACAUUGGUUAUUGGCUCAUUUCCAUCAGAACUUAAACUGGGAUUUUUUUUUUAUGUGCGUACACAUUUUUUUGUCAUGGAAACUGGCUAAUUUUCUGAUUUCCUAUUUUGUAACAAAAUGUGGACCAGGGAAAUAUAAAAAAAUUUUAUAUGCUAGAAGUAAUUUAUUUUGAAAGCACAUUUUUAUAGCAGUCUGAUCUCAUUUUUAGCAAAUGAAAGUAGAGCCAGCGGCCAGGCUGCUUUCUGUGAACAAACGGGAGGGGCCCGGAGCUCUGUGGCCGUGUUCGGCCUGCACGCUUGCUGGGUGCCUCUGGGCACUGGCCCAGGCCAGCUUACUGCGGGCCCAGCACGCACCCUAGAUCUGAACCCUGCGGUGUGAAGCCGCCUACCGAGACCCCGAGAGGAGAAAAGGCUGUGAUUUGUUUCCCUUUCUAUACCUCACUGCUUAGUAGCAUCGUUCCCGGAAGGCUAGACCUGCACCUUUCAGGAAGGGUGACCUCGACUGUGAACCAGGCUGGGCUGCCCAGCAGCAGCACGAAAUACUAAAACUGCAGCGGCCGCCGUUAGCUCAAGUAUUAUUACCCUUAACGCGCCUUGUGUCCUUAGCAGAGCAGAACUGUGUGAGUGGAGUCUGCCGCGCUUUGGGGGACUUGCAAAAAUGCAGUGCUUUUGGAGUCAGGACCCCAGGGGUGUUUGGUAAAGGCUGAGACAGAGGCAAAGGCCGUCUUUCGUUUAUUUAAAAAAAAAAAA